CACUGAUAGGUGGCACUGAUUGGCAUUGAUAGGUGGCACUGACUGGCACUGAUGGGUGACUCUGAAAGGCAGCUCAGAUGGGCACUGAUAUGUGGCAUUGAUGUGCAUUGGUAGGCACUGAUAUGUGGCAUUGAUGUGGCACUGGCAGGUGGCAUGGAUGAACAUUGACAGCUGGCACUGAUGGACACUGACAGGUGGCACUGCUGGGGCUACACUGAUCAUCAGGGCACACUGAUCAUCAGUGCCCUGAUGAUCACUGUCAGCGUGACAGCUCGUGAGGAGAGAAAUGCUGAUAACUGGCAUUUCCCUGUUUGCAUGCGAUCAGCUGUG